UUCUGUACCGCACACUGAUCUAAACCAGGCGAUACGCUGGAUAUAGAGCAAGCAGAGUUCCUGUUGUGUCAGCCUCUGUGUGUGAAGCCAAAAGGAGGAGACUCUUAGCUAAUCUAUAUUACAGCAGCGUCAACCAGUAUAUAUGGAGAUGAGCAGACCAGAGCAAUCCCUGGCCACUUUGCUAGAGAAAGCCUUCAGGAUCAAAGAGGAUGUAGUCAACAGUCUGCAUGCUACCCAGGGAUCUGUUUUAAUGGAGGCAUCCGCAAGGAAACUUCUAGAAAGCCACAUACAUAUUAUAACAAAUAUUGUCAAACAGCUCAGCAAGGACAUUCAGGUCCUGGAGGCUCAGAUUGUUCAGAGAGACAAUAUAGCAUCAGGGACAACUUUUGCAGUUCAAAGUCUGGAUCACAAGAACUUGGCUGUGGUUGGAGAUCUUCGUGGUAGAGUGGCCAGGUGUGAUGCCACCAUAGCCCAGCUCUCUAGAGAUGUCACUGCUGGAGGACAGGAAAUCUUGAAGCUCCAGCAGACAGUCCCUGAAAUGCACUCUGCAAUUGAGAUCAGGCUCAGAGACUUGGACCUCAAGAUUUCAGAGUCUUUGGCACGGUUGGAGACAGCACAGUCAGAGCAGAUUGUGUCACAGAAGAAUACUACAAGAGAAAUAAAGAGGGACAUCCAACAGUUUGAAAUAAGGACAUCCAGUGGACUGAGGAAGUUGGAGGAAGAAGCAGCCAAUAUCAAGAAAUGGACAGAAGCGCAGCUGAGCAACAUGGCCAAAACACAAACGGAAAACAGGCAACAGCUGCACACACUGCUGCAGGACAGAAUGGUGGAGGUGGAGGAAAAGCUAAAAGCACAAGUACAUCUCAUUUCCGCUCACCUUGGCCAUGUGGAGAAACAGUUGGAAAAGGAGUGUUCUGUAGAUCGUGCAAAGCAAACGGAGUGCAAAAUUAAUACCAGAUUUCAGGCUGUGGAGACCAGCUUCCAAGCUGAACUGGAGCAGAUGAGGGAGGAGUAUCAGUCAGGUUUCCAAUCGGUCCACGAUGCCAUCGCUUCCCUGAAAAACAUUGCUGACACCAAGGCCAAACUUGACAAAGGAGAGCUGAAGAAAGAUAUCAGGCAGAUUCGGAGGAUGAUGGUUGGACAUCCAGACGCCUGAGAGAAAGUAAAAGGGGGCAUGGGCUUUUAAACCAACAUGGUCAAUGACUUUUUAAUGAAUUCUCAUUAGUUUGAUAAUAGAGAGGGUGCUACUAUUCUGAGCAUAAUCAAUUACUCAUGAGUCUGAUGUAAAUGGAGUACAAGAUGAAGCAUAUAGCAGUGAAUUGCUGAACAACACUUUAUACUUUUUGUCUAGUUAUAGAGACAAGUUCAUUUUAUCUUACAUUACAGUAGCUAUAAAUGUUUUCUGAACAACUGUUUUUCUGACAUAACAGCGUAUUAGUAUUCAUUUCAAAUGAGUCUACAAAAUCUGCAAAUUAUUUUGCAUUUUAAAAUUCAAAAGUAGCUUCUACUUAAUUAGUUUCUAAACGUUUCUGAGCCAUUCAUCAUUUUUAUAUUCAAAUAUUAGGCAAAUAUGAUACAGAUGUUCUUGAGAUAAUUUUAGAUCUACAACACCCUAACCGGUUCUGAAAGUUCUGAAUCAUACUAACAGCAUUUUUCUUUUUUCUUUUUUUUACUUGAAUUGCAAUUAGAUUCAUUGUUUCAAACACAGUGACCAAUCUUUGUAUUCUCAUUGAAUAAAUCUUCAUCCACAUUCUUGAGCCGCCUUGCAUACGCAGCAUGUUUAAGUUUCCAUGAGCUUCAGCUUGCAUUUAUCGAAAUGACUAAUUGUGGAUUUUGAGGUGUGUUUUGGAUCCUGUUACAGAAGCCAGCCUCUUUUCACCAGUGUCAUCAAAAAAUUACAUUUUUAUUUGAUCAGUCUACGGCACGUGUUUUCAAAAGAUUUUCGUUUGUAUACAUCAGAGUUUCUGACUUGUAAUAUAAGGUCAAAGGUAAGGAUUUAUUCUGAAGACUCUUCCCUGCAGAACAUGACCAGCAACACUACACUGUAACCUUCCUGCAGGUCUUUACCUUCAUUUUUGCUUUGCCUUUUCUUUGCCUUAUGGGCAGUUCUAUCUUUAAGUAUUUUAUUUAGCCUUUCGUAGCUCUCCCAUUUUAAGCUGAAAGCAUGUUAAUUGAAUGUUAUUAAAUAUACGAGUCAGAGAAUUUAUUAUGCUCAUAACUACAAUUUCCCCAUUCUAA